GAGAUAACCUCAAAGGUGUUUCUUCUGAUAAAAAUAAAAAGAUUCCUCAUGAAAGUUCAGUUGAUAUUGAUGUGUAUUUUCUUUUCAUUUCACUGUGUACAUUGUGAUGAAUGCACAAAAUUAGACAUAUCUAUCACACAAAAGGUGGAACAUGAAGGCUUCCACAGGAAUAUAUUGUGGCUAAUUGAAAGCACCCAUACCCCUGAACAGAAAUGGUUUCAGUCUGAUUGCAAGUUCAGUAUAAAACAAGAUAUUCCCAAUGGGAUGUUUGUCAAUCCUGAUGAAAUUGCAGACCUGAAUAGAACAGGAGAGCUCAUUUCCUACAUAGAUGGAAUUGUUGAUGUAGAAGCCCCAGCACAUGAAUCACAGGAGCACAUAAUCUAUGUAUUUUUGAAUCAAAGUGACAUAGAAAGAGCUUCAAUAACUUUACCAGUUCAUAUGAGAUACCAGAGAAGUCAAAUAACAGGAGGUUAUGGAAAAGUACUUUUGAGGAAACCAAGUCUAUUGAUGUUGUGUUCGGAGUCUUCCAAAAGAGCAUGUGUAAGAGGCCUGAAAGUUGAGGCACCCUGUGAUGAAACUGCUCACAAGGUGUGCAUUUGGAAGAAUUUCAGUUAUCAAGCUCUAUUUGAUGAAGUAGAGCUCUAUGUGCCUGUUGGAGAUCUUGAUGAUUAUCCUUUAGUUUCUAUUGUUACCCUUCUGUUGGGAUGUACUGGGUGUAUUUAUAUUUUGUCAGUGUUGUCCACAACACCAUUAUAAAAGAAUGCUCUAUUGUAAGACUGAUAUGGAAAAUUUGUGUUGUUUUCUUAGUACCUACUGUUUGAAACUUGGAGUUGAUAUUCAAACUGCUUAGUUUGUUAGAAACAGCAAUUCAGGUGACCAUCAGAAGCACUUGAAUUUAUUAGGUCAAUGAAUGAUAAAAAUUGAAAAGUGGAUUUGUAUUUCUCAAUAAUAUAUUCCUCCUAAUUUGAAAUGUUCAGGAAAUAUUUGAGCCUAUUUUAUGGGCACAGAAGAAUUGACUGUGUAUGGAUAAAUUGAGUUCAAAUUAUAUAGGGUGCUGAUUAAGUAUGUGACCAAAAUUCAAGCUUCAAUGGAUGACUUAGGUGAUUCUGAGACUGAAAGUUCUAAUAUACAUAUAAGGCCAGAAAUGCAUAGUUAUCUUUGUUUUGUAAGUCUAAUUUUGGUCGAAUUAGUCCCUUACUACUUCAAGUCACCCUGCCAGUAAACCACAGUAAACAAUUGGUAAGAUAUUCACAAAAAAGUUUGUAUGCACUUUUUGUCUCAGUGUAGGUUUCACUGGAAAAAUCAUGCCUUGAAGUUUGGUCACAUAUUAUAACACCCUGUAUACUAACAAAAUGUUGAUGUGCAUACAGAAAUUAUUGGAUGUGUGUUGUGUUGUGUGUUGCUAUAAAAAUUUGAGUGUAUAGUUGAAAAACUUUGGGUAAGUAUUGAGAUCUGUGGUCAUAUUUUGUCCACAGAUGAAAUAUGAAUUUUUAGAAUGAAUAAGUAUCCAUUCAAUA